GUUUGUCUCAUUUCGACAUGAGUACCGGGGAUGGGCGUUAAGUUGGAGGAGAGUCCACAGAUCAAGAUUUCUCGGAUAACGACUCGGUUCACGGACAAAACCUACGCUCGGAAUUCCCUCAUCCUGGGAAUGUCAAACUUCGUUGACGAUAUUCGCCUGAUGAAAAGUGAUCAACGUCAUUUUAUCGUUGACUGUGUCAUUGUCAUCGACGACGACAUUUAAACGUUGAAUUUAAGUGACAUAAACUUUUUAAAAGAGUUAGUUUGACCUCCUCCCCCCGUAUAUCUAUCUAGUAAAUCAUUAACAUUAAUCUGAUUCUCACACAAAGUUAGCAAAACCUGAAAUUAAUAUACCUUUCUGUCAAUUAAAACAACAACUCAUAAACCGCCAACAACAUCAGCAAAACUCAAGAUUCUGAAAUGGUUACUCCCCAGGAGCUAAUGUAUUGGAAUGAGACUGACAAUCGUAGAGGGAGGGACGAAUUUGGGUCUGGGUUUCUUGGGGACCAACUGACAAAUAACCCAUGUGUCAAUGAAAUACCGAUUGCAGCGGCAGUCGGUGACAACUUUUCAGAUCAAAUUCAGUCACGUGACAUGGGCAGAGAUGUAGCUAAAGAGUAUGGUAUCAACAUCAGUAAGCCAAAAUACCAACAGUUUGCAAUCAAAGAUGUUCGUCUGAAAACUUUCCAGACCUGGCCAAUGAGCUGCAACCAAAGACCUGAAGAUCUAGCAGAGGCCGGGUUCUUUUAUUCGGGAAAUUCGGACGCCGUGUUCUGUUUUGAUUGUGGACAAGGUCUCAAAGACUGGGAGGACGAGGACACACCCUGGGGUGAGCAUGCGCGCUGGUCGCCGGAAUGCCCUUAUCUUCUCAAUACCAAGGGAAGAGACUUCGUUCGAUUAGAGCAGCUACGUGACACGGACCCAGUUCAGUAUAUUGCUGAGAAAACGCAAGCUGUACAGGUGACGCAAAAUCGACCAGCUGUUAAAAGUUCUGAAAAUGACACUUGGAAUAAUCCGGCAGUAGAAAGUUUACUUCAGAACGGAUAUGGGAAGGAAAUGGUUCAUAAAGCCAUUUUCUUGUUUCGUAAACAGAGAGGGGAAAAUGCGCCUUUAUCGGCAGCAGAACUUCUCAACAUAAUUUUCGACUUGGAAGAGGACACUGUUGUUUGUGAUGAUGUUGAAAAGAAAGAAGCUGAACUCCAGAGAGAUUUGAUUCGAAAAGAGAACGAAGAGUUACGGAAGUCGACUUACUGCCGGAAGUGUUCCACACAACUCGUCUCUGUGGUGUUUCUACCCUGCGGACAUCUCUGCACUUGUACUGACUGUGCACCGUCAGUCAAGAAUUGUUUAAUGUGUGGCGCUUUCAUAAAAGGCACCAUACGCACAUACUUGGUGUAAAAACACAUUUAGCAGUUGCAGUUGAAAAUGCUUUACAUGUAACAAUU